CCGGGGUUUUAAGUGCUCCCCGGUCGUCGGCUAACUUUUAUCCAAAAUGGCUCCCACAAAAAAGGAAAAGAUGAAACAUGUGGACCAAAAAAGCGAAGAUAGCAUAGCACUAUCGGCGACAAAGCAGAAGGAAUUUUCACAAAGAAUGCAUGAAAUUAAUGGUGACCAAAAAAUGACAUGCGGCACAAUGUAUAUUGGUCACAUUCCACGAGGGUUCUACGAAAAUGAAAUCCGCGCCUAUUUCUCACAGUUUGGUACUGUCAAUAAAGUCAGACUUGCUAGAAGUAAAAAGACUGGUGGCUACAAAGGUUACGGAUAUAUUCAAUUUGCAUCAGAAGAUGUCGCAAAGAUUGCUGCCGAAGCUAUGAAUAAUUACUUAAUGUUUGACCGCUUGUUGAAAUGUCAAUUUGUACCUGAAUCUUCACUGCACCCAGAUUUGUGGAAAGGUGCAAAUAAAAAGUUUGUAUGGUUGAAUAGAAGACUUAAAGAGAAGAUCAGACACAACAAGCUGCGUUCAAAGGAUGAGUUAAAGAAAACAGCUGAUCGACUCAUUAAAAAGGACAACAAAAGAAGAAAGACAUUUUUAGACUUGGGUAUACAGUACGAAUUCCCCGGCUAUGCUGGAGCUAUAAAAAAAUCCCAAAAAGCCAAACGUUUAUCUACGAAAUCAACCAAACUUGCAGACAAGGAGAAAACGCCCAGAACAGCCAAACCAAAACAAAAAUCGAUCAAAAAGAUGGAAUAGAUAUAUUUGACAGUCUUGUGCUGUAUGAAACCUUCUGUAUGAUCUGUAUUUGUCGAAUGUACUUUUUUAUUAAAAUAAUGGAUAUAACAUUGAA